AUGUUAACAGAACUAAUAAUUGAAAUUUGUGAAUGUGAAAGAAGAACAGAAACUGUCAGAAAAUUACUUUCUUAAUUAUCAUAAUUUGAACCUUAUGCUGGUAAAUUGUUUUAUCAAGUUAGAGCAUUCAAAAGAAUGGACAAAAGUAGAUGUGGAGAAAUUUCUUAUCAAGAUAUCAUUGAUUUUAUGUUAGAUAAUAAUUGUAGUCUCACAAGUUUAGAAGCAUCAUAUUUACUUUAAUAUUUGGAUUUCAAUAGAGAUGGAAGAGUAACCUAUACAGAGUAUUUUUAUAAUCAUUAUNAUUUUUUGGCUAUUACUAGAUUUGAUGGAUUAGAUUAAAUUAUUGAAUGGGGAACAGGUAGUAGAUCAGAACAUAGUGCAGUGAUUUUUGAAAUAGAUGGUGUUAAAUGGGUAGUAGAAUCAUAAGAUGCAUGGUAUUGGCCUAAAAAGAAUAUAUAAAAGAAUAGAUGGGAAGAUUGGAAAGUUUAUGCUAAAAAUGCAGGAUUUAAUGUAGCCAUAUUACCAUUGAGUCCAGAGAAGAGAGCAUAAUGGGAUUAAGAAGGUGCUCUUAAAUUUUGGAAUUUUAUGGAAGGAUAACCAUAUGGUUAUCAUAAUUUUAUUUUUGGAUGGAUAGAUACACCUAAAGAUAAUUAUCCCACUUUAUUAAGUGCUGAAUUAGCUACUUAUAUAUUUUCAUUUAUUGAAAAAUUUGCACCAAGUAUUUCAUCAAAAAUGGUUGGAGAAGGAUUAAAUAAGAGAUUAGGAACUGAAGGAUUGACAAUCCCAGAAAUCACAAUAGAAGCUGCUAAAAGAGGAAUAGAAAUUGUAUUACUCAUAUAUCUAAAUUAAGGCUGAUUUAUAUGCUAUGGUUGAAAAGGAUGAAUGGAUUUACAGUGAUGGACCAAGUUAAGUAUGUUCUUCAUUUGUUAUUGGAUUAUAUAAGGCAGCUGGUUUAUUUGGAUAAUAUCAUGUUGAAGCAACAGAGUAAUUAUAUUUUAUAUAUUUUAUAGAUUUACUCCAAAAGAUGUUUAUUAAUUAAAUUUCUUUGAUAAAAAUUAUGUUGUUCCUGAUAAAUGUAAGAUUAAUGAUCCAGAUUUACCAUAUUGUUAAAUUAUGGGAACUCAUAGAAUGGAAUUAGAUGGAUACAAUACAAUUGAUCCAUAUGAACAUAUGAAUGAAAGAUGUCCAAGUUAAGCUCCUGAUUAUUAUAGACCUGAUGGCUGUUGA